GUCGCUUCCUGGUUACAAGGGGACUGCCGUGCAACAUUUCCGGGAGUGAUGGUCAGUGACUUGAGUUUGGUCGCGCGGGUCGCUGAAGGAUCAUGCUGAUUCUCAUCUCACGUUUAUUAUUUAUGGCGGCGGUGUGGCGUGUGGCAGACGGGAAGACACCUCUGCCAUAUGAAUCAGCUGGAACAUGUAAUAAUGCAUCCUCCGAAUAUUACGUCAAACAGCAGAAACUGUGCUGCAGUAGAUGCAAACCAGGGACUCAUCUCCUGUUAACAUGCACUAGUUAUUCGGACAGCAUCUGUAAACCAUGCCAAGACGGACGUUACUCAGAAAAUAUUAACCAUUUUGACAACUGUUUCUCUUGUCGAAAGUGUAAAAAUGUGAAAGGACUGAUUUAUGGCACAAACUGCUCUGCUGAUACCAAAGCUGUAUGCAUUUGCAAGCCUGGAAUGUACUGUUCUAAACGUAAUUAUAAAGAAGAAUGUGAGGAAUGUAAAAAAUAUAUAUCCUGCAAACCUGGUGAAUAUGUCACCAAAGAAGGCUCACCUACAUCUGAUGUCAAGUGUGCAUCGUGUCCACCUGGAAAGUUUUCAAACCACAGUAAUGCUGAGCAGUGUAAACCACACACAGAAUGUGAAGGCAGGUCAGUUUUAAGACUUGGCAACUCUACAACUGACACAAUGUGUGAGAUGACGUCACCACCAACAACAACUACAACGACGGCUCCUCUUCAGAGUUCAUCCAAGCAUCCUCAGCCCCGUACAUUAUGGAAUCAAACAAAGGAACCACAGCACAUGAACAUGACCUCCACCACAUCUCUGUCUCCACCAAGCAGCGUGGCACCAAACACAUUUAUAAUACCCAAUAAAAGUCGGCCCCCUGACUCAAAAGACAUGAUCUACUACAUUGUCAUUGUUGCUUGCGUGCUGGUUUUGCUGACGUUGCUGGCAGUGAUGGUGAUUAUCGCUUGCAAGUUACGAAAGAGGAACGGUUUACAAAGGUAUCAUAUCACAGAUGCCAACAAGCUGGAGCAGGAUGUCUCAGCGAGCAGCACGCCUGAUUGUCAGCACCUGUUACCCAUCGACAGGUGCCAGAAGGAGCCGUCCAUGACUUCAUCGGACAGCCAGAGUCAGCCAGACUCAGGUCACAGCAGCGCUGACUGGCUGGAGCGCACCAGCCAGGAGUCCAUACCAGAGCAGCCAUCUGUCUCCAGCCCCAUGGUCAACCUCAGCAUCACGGCCACCCUCACCUGCCAGCUGAACCCGACGACAGCGUGCUGCUCCAUCCCUCUCAACACAUCCGCACGCACACCUCAUGUUGAAGCUCAGGUGCCGCUUUCUCAAGAAGAGGUCUGUAUAUCCUGCCAGCAAGAGGACGGUAAAGAAGCUCUGCAGUCAGUGCAGGAGAGCGGCUUGUGUGUCUUCUGAUUGGACUGAUCAAAUAUAUAUGUUUUAGAUAUGCAAUGUAAUGUAAAACAGUAAAAAAAAAGACAUGCAUUGCAUUAUUUUAAAAAUAAUUAUAUCACCUUAAAAUAAAAAAUGCGUGCUCUCCAAGAUGUAGAUGAGUUUGUUUGAAAUGUAGCAUUGCAUCACUUGCUCAGCAAUGGAUCCUCUGUAGUGAAUGGGUGCCGUCAGAAUGAGAGUCCAAUUUGUGAGCAAGUGAUGUCAUGUCAUUU